AUGGCAGCAGAUCAGGGUCAAGAUCUAAUUACACUCACGACGGACAAGCUUUCUGCUGAUGGCGUCUCUGAAUCUGUGACGUGUCCCUCCUGUGGCGCUAUAUCUCUGUUUAUUGGGACUACCAGAGAUCAUUUUGAGGGAAAGAAAGUAAUACGUCUUGAAUAUGAGGCAUACAUUCCGAUGGCAGAGUCAGAACUGAGGAAGAUCUGCAGUGACAUCAGGACAAAGUGGCCCAGCGUCAGACAUAUCAGCAUACAACACAGACUUGGUGUGGUUCCUAUAACAGAAGCAAGCGUUAUAAUAGGGAUCUCAUCACCGCACAGAAGUGAGUCCUUGGAGGCGGUGAAGUACGGCAUCGACACACUCAAAGCCACUGUACCAAUCUGGAAAAAGGAAAUAUAUGAGUCUGGGCAGCCUUGCUGGAAAGAGAACAAGGAGUGUUUGUGGGCGGAUGAUGGAAAAGAUUCUAAGGAAAGUUGAACUGUUAAAUGAGCUACAGUAAAUCUCGUGAAGCAUCAAGCACUUUUUUAUUGAAAAAAAUACAAAGCUCAAGUUCUCCUGUAACACCUGAUGAAACACAAAUACAGAUUUUCAUCAAACGAGUAUAUUCUGCUCUUUUUUGUGUGUGUAAAGAAUAGAACGUUUUACAAAGGUACCAGUGCAAAAACAUCAUGUAAACAUUAAGGAAAAUCUUUGUUGCUUAUGUUGCCUUUGAUUAGACAGGCCUCUUUUCCUGUCACACCAUCAGUAGAAGUUAAACCCUGAAUUAAUACAAAAUCAUACCUACUUAUUUAUAUCAACUGUCAUUUCAAAACAUUAAAUAAAAGUUAACAUUAUCAGUAAUUCCUAGA